AUGCCGCCCGGAGACCUCACGAACGAAGAGCUCAGGCGGUACGACGGCUCGAACCCCGCGCUGCCGAUCCUCCUCGCGGCGAAGGGGCGCAUCUUCGACAUGACGCGCGGACGCGACUUCUACGGGAAGGGCGGGCCGUACAACUGCUUCGCCGGGAUCGACUGCUCGCGCGCGCUCGCGAAGGUGAGCCUGGAGAAGAAGGACCUGAACGCGAACUGCGCGGAUCUGUUCGCGAGCGAGAGGGACGUGCUGAACGACUGGGUCGCGAAGUUCGAGGCGAAGUACCCGGUCGUCGGGAACGUCCUCGACUCCACCUACGACGGCGCACCCUAG